AUGGCUAAAAGGCACCGCUCGGACUCCGGUAGCUCGACCACACCGCCAACUCGGACGAUAUCCACCCGUCCAGUUGACCAGGAGGUUACGGCCAGCCCAGAUCUAUCCUCUGAAUCUGGCUGCUCCAAGCAUGUCUGUCUCGAUUCGCUUAGCAAUGAGCCAACACCUUCAAUCAGCUGUUUUCUUCCACCACAUUGCUCGGGAGAACCCUUUGUUUCUCACGAACAGUUCGAAACCCAUUACAUUCAAGCUCAUACAAAUCGCUGUCAUGAAUGCGGUCGGAAUUUUCCGUCACUGAGGUUUUUGGACCUGCAUAUCGCUGAAAACCAUGAUCCACUAACGGAGCUUAAGCGUGAGCGUGGUGAUAAGACUGUAUGUACUACCCCUGUCCUUUUUAUUUUUAUUUUUUUAUAUCUUAGGAUAGGAACUGAUGCUACCCCUAGUAUGCGUGCUUUGUGGAAGGAUGUGAUAGGUUGUGCAGCACUCCGCUGAAGAGACGAAUGCAUUUGAUCGACAAACAUCAUUUCCCAAAGGUUUUUCCUGCUCUCCCCUUAUUUUGAGAGAAGCACUGACACGGUAUAGGAAUACAAUUGGAAUAUCGUUAAGUGGGGCAUAGACAAAUGCACUUCCCUGCUUACACGAAAGCGCUCGCCGCCCCAGACCUUUAUUACGGGGGAAACUCCCACUACUGGGGGGAGGGACAAGCCCCGUUCUGCCAAUAGCAUUCACAAGGGAGAGUUGGAAAGGCCUCUAAGGGCUAACGAUAAUCUAGUAGUGGCAACUGGGGCUACUGCUGGCGGAACACAGCAGCGAGUGCAGAACGGGGAGGGAUCAAAGAGUGUUCUAAAAGCGGAAAACAAGGAGGUAGACAUGGACGAUAUUACGUUCACAAUGUCAAGUUUAAAACUUGUUCCUACAAGCAUCAGGUUUGGUAGGCGAGGCGGGGGACACCGGAGGUGAGGUGGGUAUCUUCAGCUUUCCUUCCUUUAGGGCGUCAUAUCCCAACAUUGGGAACUGGGUUUGUUUCUCUCUCCUAGUUGGUACUGCCAAUUGUCUUUUUACUCCUCGCGGAAUAUGGUGGCGUUCAGUUUUCUGGAGUCGGUGUUUGCGGUAUAUAUACUUCCCGUAAGCCCUUCUCUUAUUAAUGCCAGUUAUUUCCUUUUUGAUCUGUUUACUGACACUGUCUAAUUCUUGAUUGAAUUAUUGAAGUUCCCUCUCAUUUUGUAUAUGACAUGCAUAUGUCAGGAGCUGACUACUGGCCACCCGCUGCCCUAGUUGAAAAUCCGUCUGUAUUGCGACUCCAAACUCGGUACCCUAGAUCAAGCGCUUUGGGACCCCGGAUUCCUGGUGUGGUAUCAUAUUAUUCUCCAGGGCGCUCCGUACCAGCGGACCGCAGCCACUUCUACCGUACCUUCCGCAAAAUGAGGUGAAAGUUCGCGAAGAAAAGAAAAAGACAGUUGAUAUAAACCUGUUUUCUGAAAUUCGGUAACCCCGGAGAUACAUGCUAUCGGUUGCCAGUUUCACCCUUACAAUAGUAUUUGAGAUCCCGUCUCCAGUAGGCUCUUGCGCGCUACUAAAUGCGGAGGGGGGGGGGUUCCGGUACGAGACUUUUGUAUAUAUAGCACAGAACUUCAUAAAAAGCAAAUUCAUUAUUAGA